AUUUUUUCGCUAGGUUCAUGCAUGACUCAGUCUUGUGUGAGCUCUGACGAUGGCGGAUGCGCAAACAGUCAUGUUCGAACGUAAAAAUAGCUAUACAAUUUCCCAAUUUACCGCCUUCUUCAUAGUCGCUUUGUUUCUGAUCAUCUUGGUUGUCACGGGUGUGUUGGUGUAUUAUUUUGCACCUUGUCCCGAAGCUAUCGAAGAUAACGAUACGCUCUUAAAGGGUUCUUUGACGGAUAAGACGAACAUAUAUGUCAAAUUGCCGACCGCUGUCGUACCCAAAUUUUACGACUUAUGGCUAAUACCUUUCAUAUGGGAGGGCAACUUUACUUUUCACGGCGAGAUCAAAAUUUUAGUAAACGUAACAAAGGACACGAACAAUGUUACGCUGCAUGCCGUCGAUAUAAAGAUUGAUGAAAACUUUACAAGUAUCAGAGAGUACUUGACUAUUAAUAGCCAUAAGAGCAACGAGAUCGAGGAAAUCGGGAUCGUGGAACAGAGAAAUGACACUGUUAGGCAAUUUCACGUGAUUAAAACAUCGAAAACGUUGAGGAAAGGCAAGCAAUACGUCGUGCAUCUCAAGUUCAUUGGCUAUCUGAACGACUACCUGCAGGGUUUCUACAGAAGUUCGUAUAAUAAGGUCGACAAUCAAACGAGAUGGAUUGCUACGAGUCACUUUGAACCGACAAAUGCACGCCGUGCUUUUCCAUGUUUCGACGAACCGGCUUUGAAAGCCCAAUUCCAAAUCAACAUAGCGCGUCCCAGGAACAUGACAUCUAUUUCGAAUAUGCCCAGACAAGGGAAAUCGAUGCCAGUAUCCGGUUUAAACACAUACGUGUGGGAUCAUUAUAAACGUUCGGUACCGAUGUCUACAUACUUGGUAGCUUUCAUAGUUUUCGACUUCGAUGCAUGGAAAUCGCAAGAUGGUAACUUUAGUGUGUGGGCACGCCACGAUGCUAUUAAUCAAUCACGAUAUAGCUUGAAUAUUGGGCCGAAAGUGCUCAAAUUCUACGAGGACUAUUUCAAAAUCAAAUUCCCUUUGCCAAAAAUGGAUAUGGUCGCGUUACCCGAUUUCUCCGCCGGCGCUAUGGAGAAUUGGGGAUUAAUAACAUAUAGAGAGACAGCAUUGUUGUAUAAGGAAGGUAUAUCGAACAGUGUUAGCAAGCAGCGAGUAGCCACCGUGGUAUCUCACGAACUCGCGCAUCAAUGGUUUGGAAACUUAGUGACUCCGAGUUGGUGGACGGAUCUUUGGUUGAACGAGGGUUUCGCUAGUUAUAUGGAGUACAUUGGCACGGAUGCGGUGGAACCGACUUGGAAUAUGAUGGAACAAUUUAUCUUUGACAAAAUUCAAUAUUCUUUCGGUUUCGAUACUUUGGAAUCUUCCCAUCCUGUAUCUAUUGAAGUCGGCAAUCCGGAAGAAAUAAAUGAAAUUUUUGAUGAAGUUUGUUAUGAAAAAGGUGCUUCCAUAAUAAGAAUGAUGGAGCAUUUUCUUACAACAGAAGUUUUUAAGAAGGGUCUGACUAAUUAUUUGAAUAAAAAAGCUUAUCAAAAUGCUGAGCAAAAUGAUUUGUGGUACGCUUUGACCAAACAAGCUCAUAAAGACAAGGUACUUGACUCAAACAUAACCGUUAAAAAUAUAAUGGAUUCGUGGACCCUUCAAACUGGCUUUCCUGUAGUUACUGUUGUACGAAAUUACAACAAUAGUAAUAUUACACUGACACAGGAACGUUUUCUGCUAAACGAUAACGAUACAACAACCAAAUCUGAAUCAUUAUGGUGGAUACCUAUUACUUAUACGAGUCAAAAGCAAUUAAAUUUUAGUAACACUCGGCCUAUGAAAUGGAUGAAAGCGAAACGCUCGAUCAUCCUGAAUAAUUUGGAUGUAAGCCCGUCUCAGUGGGUACUUUUCAACGUGCAAGAAACUGGGUACUACAGAGUGAACUACGACAGAGCAAAUUGGCAGAUGAUAAUCAAGCAAUUGAAUAAACAAAAUUUCAAAGAUAUCUCGACGAUUAAUCGAGCGCAAUUAAUCGAUGACGCUCUUAACUUGGCUAGAGCUGGCAAGCUCAAUUAUACUAUUGCUUUUAAUGUUACGAGUUACUUGGUUUGCGAAACCGAGUAUUUGCCUUGGAAAGCAGCUUUCAAUGCCUUGAGUUAUUUGAACGACAUGUUAAUUUACACACGAAGUUAUGACAAAUUUAGGUCGCUUAUAUUAAAACUACUCGAUACUAACGUAUACAAGCAAGUCGGUUUUACUGACGAAUUAACAGAUUCUCAGUUGACAAUUUUAACCCGAAUUGAAGUUCUAACAUGGGCAUGUAACUUCGAUCAUGAAGAUUGCAUUAUGAGAGCCGUGCAACAAUUUGACUAUUGGCGUACUGUUUAUAAUCCGGACACUGAUAAUCCGAUUUCGCCGAACUUAAGGAGCGUGAUUUAUUGCACGGCUAUUCGAAUGGGUGGACGAGGCGAAUGGGAAUUUGUUUGGCAGCGAUAUCAAAAAUCUAAUGUAGGAUCGGAGAAGAAUCUGCUCUUGCAGGCAUUAGCCUGUACAAGAGAGAUGUGGCUGUUAAAUCGAUUGUUAGAUUGGGCCGUUACGGAAGAUUCAGGGAUCAGGAAGCAAGAUGCCACCGGAGUUUUCGCAUCGGUCGCCAACAACAUUGCCGGAGAGUCACUCAUAUUUGAUUAUUUCAUUAACAAUUGGGCGCAUAUUAAGAAAUAUUUGGGAAUAUCAAGUCUCAAGGAAAUCAUAAAGUCGGCAACAAAAAGAUUAAAUACAAAAUACAAAUUGAAAGACAUCAAAGAGUUUAUGAGAAAACAUCUAGAUGAACUUGGUUCCGCAAGACGAACGAUACUACAAGCGAUAGAGCAAGUAGAAUCCAACAUACGAUGGCUUGAUAAGUAUCACGGACAAAUUUACAAUUGGUUACAGAAGAAUAUCGUAUAAUGUUUAAUAAUUUUCAAUUAUUGAAAAUUAUUCGUUUCUCUUUUGGUGUCGAUUCAUGAGUGAACCGAUGUUUAAUAUUGCAUACUUACCAUUGAUUUUUGAUAGAAUUUGUUGCGGCACCAAAAUAUUGGGCCAAGAUUCAUCUGUACACAACUAACUCAAAAUGGAAUACGAAGAAAUCACAAAGUAAUCUACCAUUGAAUUGUAUGAGAAUAUGGUACCAUUUUGAAAAAUAUAAAUUGGUUGAUC